AUGAGGCGGGGCUCAUUGGUGUUCCGCAUCGUGCUUGGUCGGGCCCUUGAAGAUUCUAGAAGCAUCGCCGAGGCUGACGCCGAUUCCUCGAUAGACUCGACUCCGGACCGGAACCCCACUAGCACCGCUUACAUUCGCGCGCUGCAAGAGACGUGCGUCAACAUUGUUCCGAGCCACAAAGGCACUCAGAGCCCCGAGCACCAAACGCCUCUCUUUGACGCGUCGCCGACCUCUCUCACUAUCCAAUUUGGAAGGCUUCGUAUUGCGAGCUUGGAAACACCCAAGGAUCCGUCGGAACGCGGGCAGGCGAGCGAGUCACCUUCUCCCGUGCUAUCCAAGAGGCUCCCGCUCCGCCCGGCUCUCGCAGUCGAGACCUUUGACCCCCGGCCGAGCCCCGGCCUUCUUGGCCCAAUCGAGUUUCUCGCACCCAUUACGGAAGAGGCCGUUUCCGACCUCGUGGUAGAAACACGGGACUCUGGUGCGUCUUUCCAAGAUCACCCUCUGAUGCAGCUUCCAGCUUGUCUACCAAGUGUCGAGGAUCAAGUUGCCAAACUCCAGGCAGGCCAGUACGAGUACAGCAUCGCGUACCCGCAAACGGUCCAGGCGAGCCUCGAUAUCAUUCCGGACGAGAACGAGGAACCCGCCCACGCAAAGGACAAGACGAGAAUCGUUUACGGCUGCAACCCUGCGCGACGGAAUGCAGUCCUCUCCAUUGAAACAUGA